CUCUGAGCCGCACAUGUGCCGGAAAUAAAUUGGAACGUUCCGGUGGAAUUUUUCUCUCCUGUGUGGCUGGAGAACAGAGCUAGAGAGGAACUCAUGCCAGGAGACAUGCUGUGUUUAAUCUUUAGUAAGGGUUAGGGGCAUGGACCUUUGUUCUGAGCACCUCACGGCUCAGCCAUGCCUCGACAGGUGGUCCAGGUCCAGCCGGAGAGCAGGGUUCAGGAGGCAGGUCAAUGGAGUACUGGCCUGUGUGAGUGCCAUAAAGACGUGGGUGACUGCUGCUUUGCCCUGUGCUGCCUCCCAGUGUUCACCUGUAAGGUGACCAGUGCAGUGGGUGCCUGUCCCUGUCUGCCUCUGCUGGACUGUAUCGGCUGCGUCCCACCGGCAUCUCUCGCCAUGAGGGCGUCUGUCAGGGAACGAUAUGGCAUACGGGGGAGUGUGUGGAGCGACUGCCUGUAUGGAUGCUGCUGCUAUCCGCUAUCUUGGCUCCAGAUCUCCAGAGAGCUGAAGAGAAGAGCAGCAUCCCACGCCUCUUCCUCUUCCUCCUCCUCAGCCAGAUACACUGCUCUGACCGCCCUGCAGGGGGCGCACCUGGUCUAGACACAUGCAGCACUCCUUUUAUUUUUAUUCUUUAUUAACGGGUUUUGAAAUGUACAUUCACUUGUGAAACAAAUUCAGAUUGUCAAAAUGUUGGCACAAGAAGCAACAGUACUCACAAACAAAGAAAAAAAAGAAAAGUACAGGACAUGUGCAAUAAUAUAAUACCAUAAAAUAAUACACAAAUUUGAAUACAAACAUGAACACACACAAGGUUUCACCUAAUUUGUUAUACAAUCAUAAGAUUUGCAUAGAUUAAUCGUUUCGGUUAGGUUUUCAUGAAGUAGUUUUAAAUUCACAUGCAGCCCUCCUGUGUUCUGUCCUCAGCUGCAGCCUGCCCUCCAGUGUUCAGGAGUUGAUUUAAUCACACUUCCUCUGAUCUGUGGGCACUCCCCUGUUACCUCGGAGAAUUCAGCCAAGACACAAUCUGUCCCACAGAGAGGAAAGUUCAGUUUGUCCCCUGAUGAAGUGAAAGAAGUAUGAUAACAGUUGAACAUUAGAUCAGGGCUAAUGUUGAUAUUUUGAAGUAGCAGUGGAGGAAAGUAACUAAGUACAUUUACUCAAAGUGCAAUUGUGAGGUACA